CACGCGAUGCCGCCGACACUUGUUUGGACCUUUCCUGUUGUCAUAGCUACAGAAGUCGCAAGAUCGUGCAAGGCGCUCAGCUCAAUAGGAAACCGCUGACCAUAUGGAUCUUCAAGCUUUACAUGCCGACACUGACUGCGACUGAGAACACGAUGCCGACGCCUUUCCUCAAUCAGGUAAUCAAGCGAAGGUACUGAUGGGUCAAGCUUCUUGCUUUCGGGCGUUACCCAGGCUAAACCCGAGCGAUCUGAGUCAUUUGCCAUAUCUCUAGGCAGCCAUCACUCAGUACGUCAAGGCGGAGACAUAAGAAGCUCAGCUCGGCCAACAACUAAGCUUCUUCAGCCUCCUCCGAAAUGCUUGACCAUGACUUCCAUCUCACGACACCCCGUCUGUUCAUAUCCCACCUUUUACCUACCAACGAUGCGCAUUGCGACUUCAUACACGACCUGAUGUUCAGUCCAGGCAUCACUAAAGAGAUGCCUGCAGCCGCUGUGGAGAAGGCAAUGAGCACUCCUCCACGCGACGCUGGGAGGAAGUUCAUCGCGGACUGCGUAGACAGAAUGGAGAAUACAGGCUAUGGUCGCUACCUCAUCUCUCUGAAGUCAACCUCGACCUCGGACAUAUCAGCACUUGAAGAAAGCACCUUGCCUUUUUCGGAAAGACGGUUGGUGCCAAUCGGCGUUGUAUCGAUGCAACAUGCACGGUUCCCGUCCGCCCCUGCAGCACCAACAAUCCCAGACGUAGGCUUCGGUUUAUUAUCUCGAUAUUUUGGAAACGGUUACGCUACUGAAGCUGCAACAGCGCUGCUGAACUACUUCAGAGAAGAGAAAGGACAAAAGGAAUUUUGCGCUUUUUGUAGACCGGACAAUGAAGCGAGUAAAAAUGCGCUGAUAAGGUUGGGAUUUGAGCCGAGAGGCCUGAGAGAGGUCCAUGGGGUUGUCGAGGGAGAGUUGUUGAGUGCGCUGGUAUGGACCAUGGACAUUGGACAUGAGGAAGGGGUCCUCGAGGCAAGAGGCUUGUAGUAAGUCGUGAAGCAUGUUGCCGAAGGCGAGUCGCACACCGACAAGAUCCCGUAGCUUCAUUUCGCAUGUUUUGAUUCUAUACAGUAUUCGCAUGCCAUGACCCAAGCUUCC